AUGGCGACUCCCCGCAUGAAUAGGAGCAAUGUCAACCCAAACGUUAUCAACGCCCAGUAUGCCGUCCGAGGAGAGCUGGCAGUGAAGGCAGAAGAGUACCGCCUGGCCCUUGAAAGGGGUGAGAAGCUGCCCUUCGACAAAGUCAUCUUCGCCAACAUCGGGAACCCGCAGCAGCUCGAACAGAAACCCAUCACUUUCUCCCGCCAGGUGCUGAGUCUACUGGAGUACCCUCCCCUCCUCGAGAACGAACAGGCCCUCAAGUCUUCCUUUGGAUAUAAGUCCGAUGUUAUUGCGCGGGCAAAGACGCUGCUGGCAGAUGUCCAGAGUGUAGGCGCAUACAGCCAGAGUCUAGGAGCCCCCGGUAUCAGACAGAGUGUUGCCGACUUCAUUGCCCGCCGAGAUGGAUUCCCCGCCAACCAGAAGGACGUCUACUUGACCGGCGGUGCUUCUGCAGGAGUUAACACUAUCUUGAACGUCAUCUGCGCAGGCAAGAAAACCGGAGUGCUCGUGCCUAUCCCACAGUACCCUCUGUACACCGCAACCCUCUCCUUGCUCGAUGCUACUUGCGUGCCAUACUACCUGAAUGAGUCUCAAUCUUGGGCCACAGACGUCGAGGAAAUCAAGACCUCACUUGCCAACGGCGAGAAGGCUGGAACAGACAUUCGUUGCAUCGUGAUUAUCAACCCUGGCAACCCGACCGGCGCCAGUCUUAACCCUGCUGCCAUCAAGGAUGUAAUCGAUAUUGCUGCCGAAAAGAGACUAGUCAUCAUUGCCGAUGAAGUAUACCAAACCAACGUCUUCAAGGGCGAGUUCACAUCUUUCAAGAAACGCCUACGUGAGCUCCAGGCUGAGUUCCCUGGUAAGUACGAUGGUGUUGAGCUGGUUUCUCUGCACUCAGUCUCCAAGGGAAUGGUGGGCGAAUGUGGACAUCGAGGAGGAUACUUUGAACUUGUCGGUUUCAAGCCUGAAGUCGUCGAGCAGAUCUACAAGUUCGUGAGCAUCAAUCUCUGCCCACCUGUGAUCGGCCAGUGUUUGCUCGAGUGUAUGGUUCACCCGCCAGUGAAAGGUGAGGAGAGCUACGAACUGUAUCAGAAGGAGUACAACGGUAUUGCCGAGGGACUCCGGCAGCGUGCAUUUGCCUUGUAUGAGGCCUUCAAGAAGAUGGAAGGCGUCGAGUGCCAGGAGCCUCAGGGUGCUAUGUAUCUCUUCCCGACCAUCCAUCUGCCAGCCAAGGCCGUUGCUGCUGCCACCAAGGCUGGCCGUAAGGCAGACGAGUUCUACUGCCUCCGUCUCCUUGAUGCUACCGGCGUUUGUGUCGUCCCUGGCUCGGGCUUUGGACAGAAAGAAGGCACUUUGCACUUCCGCACGACCUUCCUGGCGCCCGGAACCGAAUGGGUAGACCGCAUUGUCAAAUUCCACAGUGAAUUUAUGAGCGAAUUUAAAGAUUAA